AUGCUGGCCAAGACUCUUAGCGUUUUCCUCUUCCUUACUCUGGCUGCGGCCGACCUGCACGACUCGUGCACCUGCCACAACGGCGACAGCUACAACUGGCGCAUCACCACCAACGCUUGCUCUGACUACAACGACUCCAAGUACGAGUGGGGUGGUGCCUCCUACAACACUCCCUCUGGACGAUGCACUCAGAUCACCGCCGAGGACAAGAUCGCCGGCAAGGAGUGGGAGGCCGCCUGCAAGAAGAUUGCCCAGAGCGGCUUCCAGUGCGCUGAUGGCGUUGGAACCUGCUACGCUGACCCUAAAGAUGUCCGUGGCCGAUGCUAA